AUGGACCCCACCAACACCUGCCCCAUUGACCUACGAAGAGAUGGACCCCAAUGGCCCCUGGGCAGGGACUCCUGCAACCCACCAGCCUCCUGGGAAUGGAGCCCCCACGAUGAUGGAGUACACAUCCCCCUGACCCUCUGCAGAGGGAAUGCCACCCUCAGGUGCCCUAGGGAUGGAGCCCCAGGGAUCAUGGUGGAGGCACCCCACCGACACAUGGAGGGGGGGGAUUGUUGCCGCUCACAAACAACUCUGGGUGAGGUGAAGUGCCCCAGCACCAGAGUGGGGAGGUGCACCCUGCCCACUCGCAGCAAAUGGAGCCCGCAGCGUACUGGGGGAGGCACCCACGAUCCCCGGGAGAUGCCACAUCUCCGGCAACGGGGACGCGGCUGCACCUCACUGACCGCCGGGGAACGAAGCCCCAGAGCCGACGGUGGACGGGGGCGGGGGGAUGAUCACACCGACCGCCAGGGAAAGGAACCCCCGCGUCCCGCUGCGGCAGCGCGGGGAGAGCGCAGCGGGGCGAGCGCAGAUCCCAGCCCCUCGCAGCCCCGCCGUGCCCGCGGGAGCGGAGCCGCACAGCGGGGCAGCGCCGGCCGCCCGCAGCCCCCGCCCGCAGCCCUGCGCUCUCCACUCACCUGGAUGGGCUCGGGGGGCCCCGGCGCCCCGACACCUGCUCGGCGUCCCCGGGGCAGGCGGCCCCGGCCCCGCGCCGCUGCUCCGCCGCCUGGUAGCUCGCUAGAAAUGGUGCUGGCUCACAGCAGCAAGAUGGAUGAGGGGGUGAAGCAGAAGAAACUCUGA